UGUUGUUUCUUUUGUUUAUGUUCAAUAUUUCCCACUAGCAGGUAUGCGACGAAGCAUACUUAUUAGUGCGCAAUGAAAUACUAUUAUGUGCAACAUUGCUUGUUAUUUUUUUUUGUUCGGUGCCACAAUGAUCGCAAGAUUCGACAACACAUUCGAUUCAAGGAUGUCCGUAACAUUCGAACAGAUAAUACUAGACGCCAAGCGGAUUGCGAACAGGCUGAAGGACCGGGAAGCGCUGGGUGAUUCGCUGCUGCUAGAAUCAGAAUCGGUUAACAAGCAAAUCGAAUCAAUGCGACAAUUUCAGGAUGACAUUGACAUUCUGAACAAACUGGCUCGCGAGCGCUCAAACAAUCAACUGAUCACCAUAAUUCACCAGGAAAAUCCACAAAUUCGUGAAAUUCAGCAAGAGAACCGACUGUUGAAGGCUGCCCUCGAGGAUCACCAGCACGCGUUGGAACAUAUUAUGACCAAGUACCGGGAACACACCCAGAGUAAGAUACUCAACACGAAGGUUAAUUUUGUGGAAGCGUUCAGCAAGCAUCAGCAGUUUUCGGAACGCAAGGAUGAGGUUAUACGGCAGCAGACCCAAAAAAUUCAGGAAAUGGCGGCCGUGAUGCAACGAGCCUCCCAAAUCGACGAGGAAAAGUUCAAUCAGGAGCAAGAGUUUCUCAGUAAAUUGAUCACGGAAAACAAGGGUCUUCGUGAAUUGCUGGAGAUUUCACGAAAGUAUGGGUCCAGUGGGCAGAAAAUACUGGUCGACGAAAAAUCCACACAAACCGACAACCCUCUGUCGGAAGAAUUGAAGAUUGCCGAGGACACCCAUACAAUCCAGAGCAACAACAGUCAGACAUCCUCGCAGCUACUGGACUCGGUUUCCAACACAGGUACAAUUAAGGUCAGCCCUUCAUCGUCGAAGUCCGCUGCAGCAGGAACUGCAACAACCCAACCGAGCAGCACGGUGUCCGCCCUGUCGUGACGGGAUUCCGAUGAGGGACAGGUUUCCGUUUUCUUCUGCUGCCAAUCGGCUUUGCUGUAAUUCCCCCAUGGCGCGUGGAAUGGGUGGAAUGCAUCAAAAAUUGAACCGAUUAACCCCGAACCAUACUCGAUGGACAAUUUUAAGGAUUAUUUUGAUACACCAUGAUUUACACAGACACCCGUUAGCAAUUUCAUGUUUAUAAGCUGCAACGGUUGUUUUUUUUGUUUGCCACAAAAUCAUUACCAGCGCAACGCAUAUUGGACCAAUCGUUUUUGGAAACAUUUGUACACACCCUGUUGAUACAAGUAUUGCAUACUAAUAAUUAACGUGCACUGCUUGUUAGUUUGGUAUACUUUUUAUCAUCUUUUUUUCCAAUUCAUUGUAAUGAUGCAUUAACGAGGCACGGACAUGUGUUUUGUUUUCAUCGUAAGCUUUAUCCGAUAAACAUAUAGAUACAUUAGGAGAAUCAAAA